AAAGUUUGUGUUUUGAAAGCAGGUGGAAUCACAAGAAAAAUGGACAAACUGAAGAUAGCUGAAUGGGGAGAGAAGCUGAAGACCGGAGGAGCUCAAAUGAGCCGGAUGGUGAGCGGGAAAGUGAAAGAGAUGCUUCAAGCUCCGACCUUGGAAUCGAAAAUGGUGGACGAAGCUACUCUAGAGACGUUGGAGGAGCCCAACUGGGGAAUGAACAUGAGGAUUUGCGCUCAGAUCAACAACGAGGAGUUUGACGGCACCGAGAUUGUUAGAGCCAUCAAGAGGAAGAUCUCUGGUAAGAGCCCCGUGAGCCAAAGGCUGAGCCUUGAGCUUCUGGAGGCUUGCGCUAUGAACUGCGAGAGGAUCUUCUCUGAAGUUGCUUCUGAGAAAGUUCUUGAUGAGAUGGUUUGGUUGAUCAAGAACGGAGAAGCUGAUUCCGAGAACAGAAGCCGAGCUUUUCAGCUUCUUAGAGCUUGGGGACAAUCCCAAGAGCUUGCUUACCUUCCUGUAUUCCAGCAGACUUAUAUGAGCUUAGAAGGAGAAAGCGGUUUAAACGCUCGUGGUGAGGAUAAUCCAUUGUCGGGACAAAGUUCUCUGGAGUCUCUUAUGCAACGUCCUGUUCCAGUUCCUCCACCUGGUAGCUAUCCGGUUCCUAAUCAAGAACAGGCUCGUGGAGACGAUGAUGGUCUUGACUAUAACUUUGGAAACUUAUCUAUCAAGGAUAAGAAAGAACAGAUUGAGAUUACACGGAACAGCCUUGAAUUGCUCUCUAGCUUGUUGAACACCGAAGGAGAGCAGAACCACACAGAGGAUGAUCUAACGGUAAGCCUGAUGGAGAAGUGCAAGCAAUCACAGCCGUUAAUUCAAAUGAUCAUAGAGAGCACAACAGACGACGAGGGAGUUCUUUUUGAGGCGCUGCAUCUGAACGAUGAACUCCAACGAGUUUUAUCUAUUUACAAGAAGCCUGAUGAAGCAGAGAAGAAAGCAUCCAUGGUGGUGGAACAAGAAUCAUCGGGAAGCAAAGAUGCUGGUCCGAAGCCAACAGAGGAAGAACAACCUGUGAAGAAAAAGGAAGAUGAUGAUGAUGGCACAAUACAUUCACAAGCAUCAGGAUCCUCCAACAAAAAUGUCGUAGAAGAUAAGCAGGUGAAAAUAGAGCUCGGGUUAUCGAGUGAUGAAGAUGAGAAAUGA